AAAAAAAAUGUUGCUUCGUGAACUUGGUAAAACCGGUGUAAAAAUUUCAGCAAUCGGUUUAGGAUGUAUGGGAAUGAGUACUUUUGGUCCAUCUGACGAAAAAGAAAAUAUUAAGGUGUUAAAUCGAUCAAUUGAAUUAGGGUCCAACUUUUGGGAUACUUCCGAUAUGUACGGAAUGGGAGCCAAUGAGAUUCUCCUUUCGAAAGUUCUUAAAGAUCGUCGUAAUGAAGUGUUUCUUUGUACAAAGUUUGGCAUCGUUCGAGGUCCAAAUGGUGAAUUUAAAGGCGUAUCUGGUAAACCCGAAUACGUUCGUCAAGCUUGUGAAAAUUCUUUAAAAAGAUUAGGAGUGGAUUAUAUCGAUCUUUAUUAUCUACAUCGUAUGGAUCCUGAUACACCCAUUGAAGAUACUGUUGGUGCUUUAGCAGAACUUGUUAAAGAAGGGAAAAUUAAAUAUAUUGGUCUUUCUGAAUGUUCCGCAGAAACUCUCCGACGCGCUUGUAAAGUUCAUCCUAUUGCCGCAGUUCAAAUGGAAUAUAGUCCUUGGACUCUUGUUAUUGAAACAAAUGGAGUUAUAGAAGCUUGUCGUGAAUUAGGCGUCACUAUAGUAGCUUAUAGUCCACUCGGACGUGGUUUUCUAACGGGAAAACUUAAAUCUAUUGAUGAUUUUGAUAAGAGCGAUUAUAGAAGAUUAAUCCCACGUUUUCAAGGUGAAAAUUUCAAUAAAAAUUUAGAAAUUGUACGUAAAUUUAAUGAAUUUGCGGAUAAGAAAGGUGUAACUUCGGGUCAGCUUUGUUUAGCGUGGGUUCUAGCUCAGGGAGAUAAUAUUGUUGCUAUUCCUGGUACAAGAAAAAUUAAAUAUUUAGAAGAAAACGUUGAAGCAGAAAAAAUUCAUCUUAGUUCUGAAGAAUUAUCUGAAAUUAGAAAUAUUAUCAAUUCUAUUGAAGUUAUUGGUGAUAGAUAUGAUGAAAUUUUUAUGAAGACAUUGGAUUUUUAAAA